CACCAAUUUAUGAGGAGCAAGACCAUAGUUUGAUAGAUUUGAAAUCAACUACAAAUGGUACAAAAGUCCUGCCGACCUUCCACGACAUGAUUGCUAUAUAUAACUGCUGUACCUCGACGCUUCCAACGUAUCUUCUUUCAACAUACACCAGUGCAUCCAAUCACCAUCAUGACAGAGUUAAAGACCACCAUCCCGAAAGGCUCUUUGGUCCUGGUGACCGGCGCAACAAGUUACGUGGCAUCACACAUCAUCAAGCAGUUUCUCGAACGCGGUUACAAAGUCCGCAGUACAGUUCGAAAUAUCUCAGAUGCCUCUUGGGUUGCGACCGAGGCCUUCAAGUCGUAUGCAGACACUGGCGAUUUCGAGCUGGUAGAGGUAGCGGACUUCGGUGCCGAGCACGCAUUCGACGGAGCUGUCAAGAGAGUCUCGGCCAUUGUUCAUGUGGCCACUGUUAUUGGAUUCAGUCCUGAUCCGAAUGAAGUCAUACCACUGACCGUCGCCGUCGCCACUUCAAUCAUGUUGGCGGCACUGAAGGAACCAUCAGUCAAGCAGUUCGUGUACACGAGUUCUUGCGCAGCAGCAGCGUACCCUGAAUCUGAAAAAAUCCACGUGGACCAAGAUUCAUGGAAUGAGAAAGCGGUGGAACUUGCAUGGACUCCUCCUCCAUAUGGGCCCUUCCAAGGUUUCGUGGUAUACUUCGCGAGCAAAGUUGCAGCCGAGAAGGCAGUGUGGAAAAUCGUCGAGGAGAAGAAGCCGCAUUUUACAACCAACGUCGUCAGUCCUGGCACUGUUCUCGGUGAGCCGAUUCAUCCAAACUACGUCCGUUCGACAGGGUCGUGGGUACCGCAACUUUUCCGUGGCGAGACUGCAAACCUCGGGCUUCCUGCUACCAUUGUUGUCGACGUCAAGGAUAUUGCAUUGGUGCACGUGGCGGCAGUCCUUGACCCCGAGGUCAAAAACGCCCGCCUUCAAGUUUGGGGUCGGCACGCCAGCUGGAAUGACCUUCUUGCUAUUCUACGGAAACUCCGUCCGCAACAUCAGUUUGUUGUAGACUUUCCGGAUGCCCCAUAUCUCGGGUUGUCGACCGAUGAAACCAAAGUGAUUGCUCUGCUGAAGAAGUGGGGGAAUCAGGAUGGAUGGAGGCCGCUGAGGGAGACAUUGGCGGAGAACAUCAUCUUCGAAAAGGAUUGAUUCUUGGAGCCGGUAGUAGAGCUCGAUGAAAAGUUGGUCUCUUCGAUAUUCCUUGUCUAACAGGAACCGAUAAACUACAAAUAACCUUUUUCCUCAGUUGGCAUGAAUUCUCAAAAUCUG